AUGGCCUCCGGAGGGGGCGCGGCCUUCGAGGAGCUGCCGCACGACGGCACGUGUGAUGAGUGCGAGCCAGACGAGGCUCCGGGAGCCGAGGAAGUGUGCCAGGAAUGCGGCUUCUGCUACUGCCGCCGCCAUGCGGAGGCGCACGGGCAGAAGUUCCCCCGGCACCACCUGGCCGAGUACGUCCACGGAGCCGCCCAGGCCUGGACCCCGGGAGCCCGGGGGGAUGGGGCGGGAGAGGAAGAAGUCGAGGCCCAGGUAGAGAACGAGAAGGCCCUAGAAAGCGAGGCGGGGGAAGAGAGCGAGUCCGAGGAAGACUGUGAGUCCGAAGAAGAGAGUCAGACGGAGGACGAGAGUGAGGAAGACAGUGAGGAAGACAGUGAGGAAGAAAUGGAGGAUGAGCAAGAGAGCGAAGCAGAGGAAGACAACCAGGAGGAAGGAGAAUCGGAGGCGGAGGGAGAAACUGAGGCAGAAAGCGAAUUUGACCCAGAAAUAGAAAUGGAAGCGGAGAGAGUGGCCAAGAGGAAGUGUCCGGACCAUGGGCUCGAUUUGAGUACCUAUUGCCAGGAAGAUAAGCAGCUCAUCUGUGUCCUGUGCCCAGUCAUUGGGGCACAUCAGGGCCACCAGCUCUCCACCCUAGACGAAGCCUUCGAAGAACUAAGAAGCAAAGAUUCAGGCGGACUGAAGGCGGCUAUGAUAGAGUUGGUGGAAAGGUUAAAGUUCAAGAGCUCAGACCCUAAAGAAUUUAAGAAAGUUCAAAAAGUGAUUGCUGAUGAGGAGCAGAAGGCCCUUCAUUUAGUGGACAUCCAGGAAGCAAUGGCCACAGCUCAUGUGACUGAGAUACUGGCAGACAUCCAGUCCCAUAUGGAUAGAUUGAUGACUCAGAUGGCCCAAGCCAAGGAACAACUUGAUACCUCUAAUGAAUCAGCUGAGCCAAAGGCAGAGGGACAAAGGCAUCGUCCAGAGGAGCUCAUGGACACAAACACGCCUGGACAAAAGCUAUUGCCUGAAUGGUCCCCGGUUGUCAUCACGAUGUUGCACACCUAUGGAGGGAUUCCGUUUCUAAGAAUGCACAAAACCUAUGGCCUUGAACUGGAUUUACCCACCAUCCCACUUCAGGUGUUCACUGCCUGUCACACUGCACAUGCCCCAGUGGCUCUCACUGUCCUCACUCGGGGCACUGCAGAGGAGCAGUUCAGUGCGUGGGCUUUGGAGACCGAUGGUGCAUUUGAUGGGGAGCAUCUGUUUGAAUCCUCACAAGAAGCACGCAGGAAGGAUAACCAUCCCAAGGAAGCAAAGGCUCAGAAAUAUGAAGUAUUCACAGAGCACCAGCGAGAAAAAGGAGCCGGAGCGUCACGGGCUGAAAUGGGCUCCCGGGGGUUUCGGAUGCAGGGGUGUUUCUGGGCAAACCCCGAGAGCCACAGAAGCCGAGGAGAGCUUCACCGAAAGGUCCGGAGGCGGGCUGCUACCCACUGCGGGAGACGGUCCUCAGCCCUCGCCGAACGCUUCCCGUCAGAGGGCCGGAGAGGAACCUCCUGCGCCAUGACUUCACCGCGCUCCGCUGGCCGCCAGGGCCCCCGGGAAAUGAAGCCAGGCAGCUGCCAGCCGGCCUCCUAA